GCUGUGGAAGGCAGAAUUGUCCCUGUGGCCGCCAUUAAAGAAAGGAAUCCAUGAAUUCAAAUGGAAACCAACAGGAACCGAGACAGAAAUCAUGAUCGUAAUCAUUGUUCGAAUCGAGGCUGAUGCCAUUUUUACCGGCUCUUACGGGGAUGUAUUUUGUUUUUAGAAUGAAUUUUGUCGCGGUGGAGUGCGACGGAAUAUUUUUUAUUUUUUAAGCUGAGACCGUUUUUAGGGCUAAGGGGGAGGGGGAGAGUUGGUUCUUUGCUCUCCUUUUCUUUUUGUUUUAUGAACAUUUUUGCCUCCUGGAAAUUGAUUGAACUUGGGAUGCUUUUGAGAUGUCGCCCUAAAGAUUAACAUAACCAAUUUUAUCCGCUUUUUUAAAACCCCGGCGGGCGAACUGCAAUUGGAAGGUUGUUAAAUUAACUAUCCUCCAGCCAAAUGUUGCAGAAAUUAUUACUCGCUGAUUAAGCUUGAACACAUCAGACAAGACAAAUCUGAACAUUGCCCUUUUAUUUCCCGGGAAGUGAAAUGAUGGCGAGUUGGACCUCGGAGUGAAAGAAAGGAUGAGUUCUUGUUUUGUACCAAACGGGGCCAGCUUGGAGGAUUGCCAUUCCAAUCUAUUCUGUCUGGCUGACUUGACAGGAAUCAAAUGGAAGCGGUUUGUGUGGCAGGGUCCCACCUCUGCCCCCAUCCUGUUCCCGGUGACGGAGGAGGACCCCAUCCUGUGCAGCUUCAGCCGCUGUCUGAAAGCCGACGUGUUGAGCGUAUGGCGACGCAGCCAGCGGCAGGGGCGGCGGGAAAUUUGGCUCUUCUGGUGGGGGGAAGACCCCAACUUUGCUGAUCUCAUCCACCCCGAGCUUGCCGCCGAGGACGAUGGACUCUGGGAGAAUGGUCUUUCCUACGAGUGCCGCACGCUGCUGUUCAAAGCCAUCCACAACCUGCUGGAGCGCUGCCUCAUGAAUCGCAGCUUUGUGCGCAUCGGCAAGUGGUUUGUCAAACCUUACGAGAAGGAUGAGAAGCCUAUCAACAAGAGCGAGCACCUGUCUUGCGCCUUCACCUUCUUCUUGCACGGCGAAAGCAACGUAUGUACCAGCGUGGAGAUCAACCAGCACCAGCCCGUUUACCAUCUGACAGAGGAGCAUCUCACUCUGGCUCAGCAGGCGUCGAACCCCUUCCAAGUUAUCCUGAGCCCUUUUGGGCUGAAUGGAACUCUGACCGGCCAAUCGUUCAAGAUGUCUGACCCACCCACCCGGAAGUUGAUUGAGGACUGGAACCAGUUUUAUCCCAUCAGUCCCGGUGCCAAGGAUGGUGUGUUAGAAGACAAGAUGGAAGAUAUGGAUUGGGAAGAUGAUUCUCUGGCCUCUGUAGAGGUCCUUGUUGGCGGUGUGCGAAUGGUGUACCCAGCCUGCCUCGUGCUCGUGCCCCAGUCAGACAUCCCCGUUGUGACCCCCGUGGGGUCCUCCCAAUGUACUGCCGUCUAUCCGGGUGGUCACCAAGUGCCUGCAUCCCAGCGAGAGCCUGCCAUGUCAUUGGUGACCCUCACCCCUCCCACGUCGCCUGAGGAGGUGCACUCAGUGGACACUCAUUCUGCCCAGAAGUGGUUGAGGAUGCCUUCUUCGUGCGACAUGUUCAGUGUGGACACAUCAAGCCACCACGGAGGGAAAAUUCCUCGCCAGCUCGCCAGUCAGGUUGCCGAGCGUGUCUGGCAGGAGUGCAAUAUCAACCGAGCCCAGAACAAGCGGAAAUACUCAGCGGCAACCAACGGUACCUGUGAGGAGGACCGGACAGAAAGAGUGGGAACCUGGGAUUUUGUGGGGCCUUCAAAACGCUCAUACUGUAGCUGUUCCAGACAUAAAUCGGUGAAGCAGCGAACAGGCGCAAAUGCGGGCCAAGCUCAGUCAGCGGGCCAAGCCUCUCAGACUCCUACCAAGCACAAAGCCGGAGGAGAAAAGCCAGACAAGAGCGACAAGCAGCAGAAAAGACCCCAGACACCUUUCCAUCAUCGAAAUUUGACCAGCGAAGACGCCUCGAUGGAGACGGAGGCAGCGGCCGGACAAAGACUUACAAUCAGGAGUCAAGACGGAGGAAGAUUCUCCAGCAUCCGUUCGGCAGAUGUGUCAAGCAUCCAAAAAACACCUCAGCUUAACAGCGGGGCGGUUAGCACGGGAGGGCCGUCCGACUCCCCCCAACCCCCACCACUCAGCCCCCACCCAUGUGAACGUGGUGACGAUCCCAGGGAGGCUCUGAAGAACCCUUCCACCCCCAACAACCAACACUUUUACCAGACUCCUCUGGAGCCAUGCCUGGGCGGAGCAAAGGGUGGCAACGAGGAGCCCGCAGGCCCGGAGGGUCUGACCCAGCACUUCUCCUCACACCACCCCCACUCUUCAGCCUCUGCUUGUUCAGACCCCCCAGAACCCACUGUGUAUACAGGCCGAGGGGUCCACUUAGAAGAUGACAGCACUCACUCACCGUGGAGGUUAUUCAACCUAUCCUGCAGGAAAGAAGCGGAGCUGCCCACGCCACAGCUGCCGGGGGAAAGGUUUCGGGAAGAUGCUUUCACCUCCCAGGACAACCUUGUGUCUGUGACCGAGGAGAUGUCGACAUCGAAAUUCCCACUGAAGGUCUCUGAUGAGCGCAUUCAGAUGUAUCGCGCCAGGAAAAGCCAGUACCUGGUUGCCGCCAUCACGGACGGAGAUCACGAACCCGAGGUGGACCCUUAUGCCUUUGAGGAAGGAGAUGUGAAAUUCACAUUUUCCAACAAAAAGGAUAAGGCAGGCGGGGAGCGUGAGCCAGGCAAGAAACAUAAGGGUGAAGAUGGAGGAUCGGGUACAUCCGAUGAUCCUCAGCGGGCAGGCGCUAACAACCGCACGAGCCUGAUCCACGAGACCGACCUGGUGGUUUCCAUCAAUGACCUUGACAACCUUUUCAACUCGGAUGAAGACGAACUGGGGCCCGGCUCCAGACGGCCCGUAAAUGGAACAGAUGAAAAAUUUGGCAACAAGGAAUCAAAGUCAUCUACUUUGGACCCAGUAUCCUGUAUUAGCUCGGCAGACCUGCACCAGAUGUUUCCCACUCCUCCCUCCCUGGAGCAGCACAUUAUGGGCUACUCUCCGAUGAAUAUGUGUAGCAAAGACUACGGCAGCAUGGAGCCACCUCCUGGCAUGACCACGCUGGAUGGACCGUCAUCUCUGGGGGGUCACUUCAAGAUUGAGGUGGAGGAGAGUUUCUGUAGCCCAAAGCCUUCUGAGAUCAAGGACUAUUCGUUCGUGCACAAGCCAGAGCUUUGCCAGACAUUUGUGGGCUGCUCCAUGUUUGCACCGUUGAAGUCAUUACCCAGCCAUUGUCUGCCGCCCAUUAAACUACCAGAGGAUUGCAUCUAUAGACCAAGCUGGUCCAUGGGCAGGGAGAUGCUCAAUCCCAUGCCUGUCAUGUCCAUCCUCAACAAAGACAGUAAUAUCCCAAGUGUGGGCAGCACCCUGGACCAGGACUACAACCAGACUUACACGCCACAAACUCACACCCCCUUCAUGUCCAACAGCGCUCCACCAAGUAACAGCGGCACGGGCAUUUUGCCUUCCCCCGCCACCCCGCGAUUUUCAGCCCCUACCCCACGUACGCCACGCACUCCACGCACCCCUCGAGGCCCCUCCAGCGUCCAGGGCUCACUCAAGUACGAGAACUCGGACCUGUACUCGCCAGCGUCCACCCCUUCCACCUGCCGACCGCUCAACUCGGUGGAGCCGGCGACCGUUCCUUCCAUCCCGGAGGCUCACAGCCUCUACGUCACCCUCAUUCUCUCCGAGUCGGUCAUGAACCUCUUCAAGGACUGCAACUUUGACAGCUGUUGCAUCUGCGUGUGUAACAUGAACAUUAAAGGAGCGGACGUGGGUGUGUACCUGAGCGACCCCAUCAGCGAAGCCCAGGAAGCCUGCAGUUGCGGUUUCAGCGCCGUGGUCAACAGGCGCUACGGCAACGGCUCGGGCCUCUUCCUGGAGGACGAGCUGGAUAUCAUCGGCCGUGGCUCCGACGUCAGCCGGGAGGCGGAAAGGCGCUUUGAGGAGCUACGGCUCUCCGGCGUGGGGAGGGGAGAACGUGUCCCGGAUGAGCUGAUUCUCCUGCUGCAGGAUCAGUGCACCAACCCCUUUUCACCCAUUUCAGGCCUGGACGACGUAGCGCCCACGCGUGGAGCCAAGGGUGGCCCCGUGCCACCCUGUGUUAGGGUAGAGGAGAGGGAUUUUCACAGCGACUGCUACAUGGCCCUAGAGCACGGCAGGCAGUUUAUGGAUAACAUGUCAGGUGGAAAGGUGGACGAAGCUCUGGUCAAAAGCACUUGUCUACACCAAUGGUCCAAACAAAACGCAGUCGACGUGAGCGCGCUGUGCUCUCAGGACGUGCUCCGAGUAUUGAUGUCCUUACAGCCUGUGCUUCAAGAUGCCAUCCAGAAGAAAAGGACUGUGCGUUCCUGGGGUGUUCAGGGCCCGCUCACCUGGCAGCAAUUUCACAAGAUGGCUGGGCGGGGCUCAUACGGCACAGACGAGUCCCCUGAGCCACUGCCCAUCCCCACCUUCCUGGUGGGUUAUGAAUAUGACUUUGUGGUGCUGUCUCCCUUUGGUUUACCCUACUGGGAGAAGCUGUUGCUGGAUCCCUUUGGCGCCCAGCGGGACGUGGGCUAUUUGGUGGUGUGUCCUGACAACGAGACUCUGCUCGGCGGCGCCAAGAGUCUCUUUAGGGACCUCACAGCAGUCUAUGAGAUGUGUCGACUCGGCCAGCAUCGGCCCAUAUCCAAAGGCUACCCCGAUGGAAUAGUUCUCGUCGGUGGCAGCGGAGCUAAAAGUCUUGCGGAUCAGCCCGUCAGCGAUUGGUUCCUCAAGGCCGCCAGCAGCAACGACGACGCCUUCGCCAAGCUCAAACUCUAUGCACAAGUGUGCCGACACAACCUCGCUCCAUACCUCGCAUCACAACCGUUGGAUAGUUCUCUCCUCACGCAACCGAGUCCCCCGUCGAUAUCCAAGCAGCCUUCAUCUACGGGCUCAGCCGGCCAGCAGGGCGCAAUGCUCGGCUCCUCGGUCCCCAACAGCAACGGUGGCUCGGUAUCGUCCGCCGGCCUGAUGACAUCAUCCGGACAGCCGAACAGCGGAACGCAGUCUGCCAAGGCCAGCUCCUUCACCCCCUUUGGAAGUAUGGGCAGCCAAAGCCAGGGAGGUGGACAGCCGGGACAGCAGGCCGGAAGCCAGAGUACCUCGGGGGACAGCCAGACCCCCACAGAGCCCCCAGAAAGCACUUUGGAACGGGACAAGGUCGGCGUACCCACAGAUGGCGACUCCCACGCCAUCACCUAUCCACCGGCCAUCGUUGUUUACAUUGUGGACCCUUUCAGCUACGAAGAUUGCGAAGGUGGUCCCGGGGCGAUGCCGGCCAACUCCAGUGUGUGGACGCUGGGUUUAUUACGCUGCUACCUUGAGAUGCUUCAGUUGCUUCCCGCACAUAUCCGCAAUUCCAUUUUUGUACAGAUUGUCCCCUGCCAGUACCUGCUUCAGCCUGUGAGAGGCGAAGAACGCCACAUCUACGUUCAGCACCUCAAGUCUUUAGCUUUCUCCGUCUUUGCUCAGUGCAGGCGGCCUCUGCCCAUUUCCACCAACGUCAAGUCGCUGACGGGCUUCGGCCCGGGCUUAGCCAUCGACACAGCACUUAAAAGCUCAGAGAGACCCGAGUGUGUGCGUCUGUACACGCCUCCGUUUAUCCUCGCACCGGUUAAGGACAAGCAGACGGAACUCGGGGAGACGUUCGGGGAGGCGUCGCAGAAAUACAACGUACUGUUUGUGGGAUACUGUCUCUCCCACGACCAGCGCUGGCUUCUCGCCACGUGCACCGACCAAUACGGGGAGCUCCUGGAGACCUGCAUCAUCAACAUCGACGUGCCCAACAGGGCCAGGAGGAAAAAAGGCUCUGUUCGGCGUCUCGGUCUACAAAAAUUGUGGGAUUGGUGCUUGGGAUUAGUCCAGAUGACAUCAGUGCCCUGGAGAGUGGUAAUUGGACGGCUGGGGAGGAUAGGACACGGAGAGUUGAAAGACUGGAGUAUAGUGCUAAGCAGAAGAAACCUUCAGUCACUCAGUCGCCGUCUGAAGGAUAUGUGUCGAAUGUGCGGCAUCUCCGCCUCGGAUACUCCCGGCAUCCUCAGUGUGUGCUUAGUUGCCAUGGAGCCCCAGGGCUCCUUCAUCAUAAUGCCAGACUCCGUGUCGACGGGCUCGGUUUUUGGCCGCAGCACUACCCUCAACAUGCAGACGCCCCAGUUGAACACUCCCCAGGACACCUCCUGCACUCACAUCUUAGUCUUCCCCACCUCUGCCUUUGUCCAAGUUGCCAGCUCCAAUUACACCAACAUCGACACCAACAUCGACAUCCUUAAUGCCACCACAGAUGGAUCUGACGGUAUGGGCAUUUUUGAUCUUCUGGACCCUGAGAACGAGCUGGUGGAUCCCGACAUCAUCAACAUCUCGCCCAACACGUCGCCGGUGCAUUCCCCGGGAUCCCACUACCACCAUGGAGGCGAUGACAGUAAGGGCCAGAGUGCAGACCGCAUGGAGUCUCGCGAGGAGGUGCCAAACCUCCUGCAGCAACCCCUUGCUCUCGGCUACUUUGUAUCCACGGCCAAAGCUGGCCCACUGCCUGACUGGUUCUGGUCAGCCUGUCCGCAGGCUCAGAACCAGUGUCCACUUUUCCUCAAGGCCUCUUUGCACCUCCACGUGUCUUCAGUGCAGUCCGAUGAGCUUCUGCACAGCAAACACUCCCACCCUCUUGACUCCAAUCAGACCUCAGAUGUACUACGAUUUGUGCUGGAGCAGUACAACGCCCUCUCCUGGCUUACAUGUGACCCGGCGACACAGGACAGACGAUCAUGCCUGCCCAUUCACUUUGUGGUGCUGAACCAGAUGUACAACUUUAUCACAAACAUGUUGUAGCCCACCACAGGAGAGACAUUUCAAGAAGAGAAGUCCAAAGCGAUAACUCCGUAGGGGUUUCAUGACACCAGAGCGAACGAAGCACAGCGUUGGAUCUCAUUCCAAGAUCAGUUUUGAUGGUUGGUUGUCCCCUUGGCGCAAAGACAUGCACUCAUAGAUGCGGGAAUAAAUGAAAACAAUUAUGGGAAGAUCAGAGUAAAGGAACGUGGGAGAGCGACAGAUUGGUUGUCAUGUUUCUUUUUAACAUGGCAGCACAUGCACUGGCCAGUCUGUUUUGGGAAAGACGGAAAAGAGAUAAAGGGAUGUACUUGAUCAAGAAAAUAACUUUUAAAGAAUGGAUUUUUGGUGUGACAGCCUAAAAUUCCUUUUUAUUCCUUUGGAUGGAAUUAUAUCCAAAUGAAAAGCCUGCGUCUAUCUUAUUUAUUGUAUCUUUUCAAAUGUAUGAUUUCUUAACCGCUUUUUAUAAAUAUAUAUAUAUAGAGAAAUAUAUAAAUGGAGAAGGUUUAUAACACCUUCUUGCUUUAAAGCAAUUGGUCUAAGAUAUAUGUAAUCAUCUUGCGUAAAAAAAACAAAAUGGAGAAACUAUUGCAGAAAAAGGAAAGAAAGUCCCAGUCGGUUGCUUUCAGAGUAUUAUUUUUUGUAAUGGAGAAAGAGACUAUUUGUAUUGUCACAAUGUACAGAAGAAGUGGAGAAUUGUGAAUUACAGCUAAGCUGUAGCUACGUAGGAAUUGUACAGCAAUGAACUUCACUGUGUUCUAAUAAAGAGGUACAUUGUUGUAUAUAGUAUUUUAUACCACACAUUUAGACACAAAAACCAAACGGCUAUCUAUAUAGAUAAUUAUAUAUAUGAAUGCCAUGCCAGCAGUUGGUGCUGUGGCUUCUGUUUUAGGAAUAAAAUGUGUCAACAGAU